UCGGGACAGGAGCAGGAGUCCGGGGAUAAGAGGCGACUUGAGAAUGUCUUUGAAUGAAGAGGGUUACGUGGUUCGGAUCAGAGGACUACCCUGGUCCUGCACUCAGGAGGAGGUGGCCAGUUUCUUCUCUGACUGUGACAUCGUUGGGAAAGUAAACGGAGUGUGUUUCACCUACUCAAAAGAAGGUCGACCGAGUGGAGAGGCAUUUAUUGAGCUCAAAACAGCCGAGGAUUUCAAGAAUGCCCUUGCCAAGGACCGUAAAUACAUGGGACACCGAUACAUAGAGGUGUUCAAGUCAAACCGUAGUGAAAUGGACUGGGUGCUGAAACGUAGCGGUCCUGCUGACUAUGACAGCUGCAGUGGCUGCAUGCUGAGACUUAGAGGCCUACCCUUCGGCUGCAGCAAGGAGGAAAUUGUUCAGUUCUUCUCAGGGUUGAGAAUCGUGCCAAAUGGGAUUACUCUGCCAGUGGACUACCAGGGGAGGAGCACAGGGGAAGCCUUCGUGCAGUUUGCCUCAAAGGAGAUAGCAGAAAAGGCUCUGGGGAAACACAAGGAAAGAAUAGGGCACAGGUAUAUAGAGAUUUUUAAGAGCAGUCGUAAUGAGAUCAGAGCCUACUAUGAGCUGCCCCGGCGGGGAAUGGGAGGCCAGAGACCAGGGCCAUACGAUAGACCCAUGAUGGGGGGCCCAAGGGGAGGGUUUUUUGGCCCCGGGCCUGGCCGUGGUGGGACUCUGAUGGACACCAUGAGGAGUGGAGGAGGUUAUGGAGGAGGUUACGGUGGCUUUGACAGCUACAAUGGUUUCAACAAUUACUGUUUUGGCAACGGCAUGUUUGACGAGCGAGUGAGAGGAGAGAGGGGAGGAAGAGGGAUGGGUGGCCAUGGCUAUGGUGGUCAAAGUGACGGUGGCUCAGGCUUUCACAGCGGCCAUUUUGUCCAUAUGAGGGGUCUACCUUUCCGUGCCACAGAGGGAGACAUUGCCAAGUUCUUCUCUCCUUUAAAUCCACUGAGGGUCCACAUUGAUGUGGCUCCUAACGGCAAGUCAACUGGAGAGGCAGAUGUGGAGUUUCGCUCCCACGAAGACGCUGUGGCAGCCAUGUCCAAAGACAAGAACCACAUGCAGCAUCGCUAUAUUGAGCUGUUUCUCAACUCAACAGCCAGUGGAGCAGCUGAAAUGAGUCGUGGCGGCGGUGGUUACUAUGGUAACUCAGGAGGGGGCGGAGGCUCACGGAGCAGCGGGCUGCGAGGUGCAUACUGAUAAAGUCAUCCCACUCUUCAAAUCCAUCCUGGCAUUUGUCUCACGUCUCCUUAGGCCACAUUUACUCAACUAAUGUUUCGAAGCAGGAAAGCUGCUACGAAGUCACUCGUUUGUUUUGUUACAGCUGUUCUUAGGUGAAGUUAUACCACGACCCCACAGUACUAAGAUACUACAAACAGGCCAAAUAUGACCUUAGCAAGCACCAUUAUAACACCAUUCCUAAAAGCAUAUGAAGAACAAAACAACUUGACAAUAUGAAAAUGUUGGAGCUGUUGAAGGUGCUGAACAUGGUCAAUAAGUCAUUAUUUAUUGAUCUUCUAUUUCUAAAAUUGGAUGUAAUAGAUUUUCUCUAGCAAUCUAAGAGAAAUCAAACACCUUUUUAUUUUUCCAGAGAUCUGAAUGGGAUUGAAAGGGCAGUAGCUGAAUAUGUUAAAGUUUGUAAUGACUUUAUUUGGAUGCACUUUAAUUCAUCUUGUUACACAUCUGGCUUGUUGGCAGGAGAUGUAAAUCAGUGCAGAUGCAGCAAGGAGGCAGACCUUCAUUGGACACAGACUAACAGGUGUGGGACUUUGUGUGAUACACAAGAAAGAACAAUUUUGAUUGUCAGUACACUGUCAGGACCAAGCAUGUUCACUUUGAUCCCAUCACUUGAUGAUAACAGUGCUCUGGCUUGGGUGACGUGUAGAGGUGAAUGAUGCUCUUUAAGAGGCCAAGCAGUGGAGGGCAACAUCAAAACAAGGAACUUUAGCUAAGAAAUUCAGAUGUUUUAAACGCACUCUAAAAAACUUAUUUUCAGCAGAACAAAUAACCAACCUGUAACUAUUUUAUACCUGAUUUCAGAUUGGCUUUCCUGCUUUGAAAAGUGUACCAAAUGUGAGCCAUUGUGUUUUUUAUGAAUGUUUUCACAGUUCAUUACAGAAUUUAAAAUUAAGUUGAAUAUUAUAUUCCACUCUCAAAGAGUGGAAGUAAAAUAAAGUCUCUAUAUUUGAGCUGUAAAAUAGCUUAUGCAGCUGUUGUACAUUUUGCCUAAUAAAUUUUAUAUUUAAUUCUC